AUGGCUCAAGAUGUGUUAGUUAUUCUUGUAUCUAUAGUUGCUUCAGAAUCUGCAUUCAGUACAUCAAGAAGAAUUCUGAAUGAUUAUCGAUGUUCAACUACUCCUGAAAAUGUUGAAUCAUUAUUCUGCACACAAAGUUGGAUUCGUGAUGCAAGCAACUUGUGUGAAAGUGCCUACCCGAUGAGUGCAAUCGUUUGGCUCAAACCUGGUGCAGCAGUCAUUGAUGUUGGAACAAAUGCUGUUGAUGUCCCAUCUAGGAAAACUGGCUAUCGUCUAGUUGGUGAUGUUGAUUUUGAUGAAGCAAAGAAGGUGGCAGGAUGGCUGACCCCUCUUCCUGGCAGUGUUGGUCCCAUGACUGUUGCUAUGUUGCUCAAGAAUACUUUGGAAGGUGCCAUACGCAAAAUGAAGAUAUGA